CUGUUCUCUUCGUCAGCCCCCAAAUUUGUCUUUGCAUCGUUUCCUUUCUCGUUUUAGGGUUUUUUUUUCCGGUCUUGCUCUCCUCUUUUCUAUUUUAUCUUUUUUCCUCAUUAAAUUCCCACAUUGAAUCAAAUUGAACCCCACCGAAGUAAGCAAUUCCUCAAAUUCAACCCCGAAGAACAAAGCCCAGCCCUUGUUUUUUUUCUCUCCUGCUUUUUUUCUGGAUCUCGAAACUGCGCCGCAUUCAUCUGGAGCUCGAUUCGGUUAAUCGCCGGAAUACCGACCACCGUCGGCGUCGUGAGGGUGGCUCAUUCUCUUUCGUGAUUGUCUGCGAAGUUGCGGCGGAGAGAAAAUGGAGGGAAUCCCUCAUCCCAUACCUCGUACUGUCGAAGAGGUCUUUAGCGACUUCAGGGGUCGACGAGCUGGGCUGAUCAAAGCUCUCACGACCGAAGUGGAGAAAUUCUACCAUCAGUGCGACCCUGAGAAGGAGAACUUGUGCUUGUAUGGACUCCCUAACGAGACGUGGGAGGUUAACCUUCCUGUCGAGGAGGUUCCUCCCGAGCUUCCCGAGCCGGCUCUAGGCAUCAACUUUGCGAGGGACGGAAUGCAGGAGAAGGACUGGCUGUCUUUGGUUGCAGUUCACAGUGAUUCAUGGCUGCUUGCUGUUGCAUUUUACUUUGGUGCACGCUUUGGGUUUGGUAAGAAUGAGAGGAAGAGGCUCUUCCAGAUGAUAAACGAUCUCCCAACCAUUUUCGAGGUUGUGACUGGCAAUGCAAAGCAAUCUAAGGAUCAAUCUGCUAACCACAACAGCAGCAAAGGCAAAUCAGGCAACAAGUCUCGUCAAUCUGAGUCCCGCACAAAGUCUUCAAAGAUGUCUCCACCACCAAAAGAAGACGAAGAGAGCGGAGAGGAAGAGGAAGAAGACGAUGAGCAGGGUGCGGUUUGUGGGGCGUGCGGGGACAGCCAUGGCACAGAUGAGUUCUGGAUUUGCUGUGACGUCUGUGAGAGAUGGUUCCACGGGAAAUGCGUAAAGAUCACACCUGCAAAGGCAGAGCACAUCAAGCAGUACAAAUGCCCCGGCUGCAGUAGCAAGAGGGCAAGAGCUUGAAGAAGGUAAUAACAGAGAGAGAGAGAGAGAGAGAGUAGGGAAAUAUCAAUGUUAGGUGGUGGAAGACGAAAGUUGCCCAAGAUUAGAAAGAAGUAAAGAAGAAAUCAAGGCUUCUUACUUGCCAUGUUGGUGUCUAUGGAUUGAGACAGUCUUACAUUGCUGUUUUUUUUUUCUUCUUAAAAUGUCAUGGUGAUGGUACUACUAAUUUCUGUGCUGUUUGAAAAGAUAUUGCCUUCAAAUCACUUUAUGUCGGCAACUAGUUUCUUCA